GUGAAUUUUACAAGCCAUUUACUUUUUUUUCUAUGACUGUACCAUGAGAUUGAUUCAAUGCUUUUAAAAUACGAUUACACAGGUAAGACUUUGUCGUGAGAAGAAAUCAGGCAAUAUUUAUGCCAUGAAAAAGUUGAGAAAGUCUGAGAUGCUCAGUAGGGGGCAGGUUGAACAUGUUAGAGCUGAGCGGAACUUAUUAGCAGAAGUUGCGAGUCAUUGCAUUGUGAAACUCUAUUACUCCUUUCAGGAUGCUGAUUAUUUAUAUCUGAUAAUGGAAUAUUUACCGGGUGGUGAUUUAAUGACUUUGCUGAUUAGAGAAGAAACCUUGACUGAAAGUGUGGCUAGAUUUUACAUCGCUCAAAGCGUUUUAGCCAUAGAAUCUAUUCAUAGACAUCAUUACAUUCAUCGUGAUAUAAAACCUGACAACCUUCUUUUGGACAAAAAUGGUCAUAUGAAACUCUCUGAUUUUGGUCUUUGCAAGCCACUUGAUUGCACAAAUUUAUCAUCAAUAAAUGAGGGCGAAGUCUUAGAUGACGAGAACUUGAGUGAUACCAUGGACAUUGAUGAAUCCUUACCAAAUUCUAAAUGUGGACGGCGCUGGAAAAGUCCCCUUGAACAACUUCAGCACUGGCAAAUAAAUAGGAGGAAGUUGGCAUUUUCCACAGUUGGAACUCCAGACUAUAUUGCUCCUGAAGUGUUGCUUAAAAAGGGAUAUGGUGUGGAGUGUGACUGGUGGUCUCUUGGUGCUAUCAUGUAUGAGAUGCUUGUUGGUUAUCCCCCGUUUUACUCUGAUGAUCCAGUAACAACAUGUAGAAAGAUUGUACAUUGGAAACAUCAUUUAAAAUUUCCAGAGGAGGCAAGGUUGACACCUGAGGCAAUGAAUCUAAUUUGUAGGUUGCUCUGUGAUGCUGACCGAAGACUUGGAACUAGAGGGGCAGAUGAAAUUAAAGCACAUCCUUGGUUCAAAGAUGUUGUAUGGGAUAAACUCUACGAAAUGGAAGCAGCAUUCAAACCACAAGUCAAUGGAGAGCUUGACACACAGAAUUUUAUGAAAUUUGAUGAGGUUGAGCAACCAAAACCAACUAGAAUUGGAUCUGGUCCCAUCAGAAAGAUGCUAUUGACUCCUCAAGAUCUUAGCUUUGUUGGUUAUACAUAUAAGAAUUUUGAUGCUGUCAAAGGCAUGCAUCAUACUAUGGAUAAGGGGAUGAGGAGCAUGUCAUCACCUAUUCCACCAGUCACUGAAUCUCCACAGAGUGAUUCUGGAAUAGACUAUUCUUCCGGAUUCUCCAGCCGGUAGGAUUCUUAGACAGUCGCGUCCUAAGGGAAUGCUGCUUUAAGGUGAAGCAUGACCGGACUCCUUGCCAUAUAUAGAAAUUCUUAUGUAACAAAUGGAUACCAGAACCUUCUAUGGUGAUGUUGGGUAGGCCUGUUAGGUGCUUAGUUUCCAGCCAGCUUUGUCAUUUAGUUCUGAGAUUGGUUGGCAUAUCGGUGUGUCUUGAGGUUUGGCUUGAUUAGAAGCUGCACCAAAAUACAUAGUCUAUAGUAAAUCAAGCUAGUUAUGAUUUAAGCAUGUCUGAGAAAUUCUUAUCUUCAUAUUAUGUACAGCUAGUUGCACAAUGAGCUCUUGAAAAUCCACAAAAAAUUGGUGGUGUAACUGGAAGUUUCAUCUUCUCCUUGCACUUUUCUGACUAUGCAAGAAUUGUACUUCAGAACUGUCUGAUCCACUUUUCAGUGGGACCCGCCUCUAACAUGUUUGCGUUUAUGGUUUUUUUUUUUUUUUGCCCCCAAUUAAUUUGGUAUGCUUGUUUGUUGCAACCAAGGUUUCUUUCAGAAUUUUGUCUAGAAAUUGCAAUUGCAACACGUCUGUGUAACAGUGAAUGUUUUGAAGAUGUGCAGAGACCACU